AUGGCAGCGCCAGCGGAGUCCGCGUAUGGGUUGGGAGGCAAUGAGCAGCUGAAAACCGCGAGCAUCGACGAGGUCGAUCGGCAAGGACCCAAAGUUGUGACGGGGUUGUCGGCGGAGGAGGGCGUGGGAGUGGACGGGCAGAAUGGGAGCGAGGCGGGCCCGGAAGGCAAAGAGGGCGAGGCCCAUGGCGAGGAGCAAGUAGCGAAGAAGCCGAGACUGGAGAAGGAGGAGAACGGUGGCACAGAAGAGUCUGUGGAAGGUGUGGCGGCCAAGGAGGACGCGGAACACCACAACGGCAACGGCGUGGCGAAGGCGGAGGAGAGGAACGGCGAGGGAGACGAGGAGGAGCAGAACGACGACGAGGGCGACGUGGUGGGUGCGGAAGAGGAGGAGGAGGAGGAGGAAGGCACGGACGGUGCAGGAGCGACCGGGAAGGAGGGUGGGGACGGGGGUCUUCGGACGCUGCUGCAAGAGGGCGAAGGCAAGAAGAGCAGCGUGGCGAAGAAGGGCGCGGACGCGAGUCACGUGUUGAACGGAGCGUAG